GUGCGUGUGCUGCGCUGUGGCCGCCGCUGGGAGGGCAGCGCGGGCGAGCUCGGAAGCCACGACAUGGUCUCAGUGAGCUUUGAGGACGUGGCUGUGCACUUCACCCAGGACGAGUGGGCUUUGCUGGAUCCUUCCCAGAAGAGUCUGUACAGAGAUGUGAUGCUGGAGACCUGCAGGAGCCUCGCUGCGAUAGGAAACAAAUGGGAAGAGGAGACUGUUGAAGACCAUUAUAAAAAUCCCUGGAGAAAUAUGAGAGGUUCCCUGUUAGCUACCCCCUGCGAGAGGACAGAAGAUAAUCAGGUUGAAGAAAGCCUGACAUGGAUAGCAAAUCUUCAUACAAGCAUGACAGUUUUUCCAGGACUAAGACUAUGUGAAUGCAUUGUCUGUGGGAAGGCUUCCAGGAGUCAUGCAUCCUCCGAUAGGCGUGCCACAUCACUCCCUUGUCAUAAGCCACAUGAGCGUGAGGAAUGUGGAGCCAAGCAAUAUGACUGGAACGUUCUCACCAGCUUUCAAAGGUGUAUGGAAGCCCACACUGGGGAUGAGCCUUGUGAAUGUGAGCGACGCUCAAGAUCGUCCUGUUCCCCAAAUUCAUCAGGAGUCGAUCAAGAGGCUCCCAGUGGAAGAACACCCUAUCAAUACAAGGAGUGUGGAAAGACCUCUGUUUAUGCACAUGGAGGAAGCCCCACUAUGGGGAAGUUUUAUGAAUGUAAUAUAUGUGGUAAAGCCUUGAAUUCCUCUACGUCCCUUCAAAGACAUGUAAUAAUUCAUACUGAAAGACUCUAUGAAUGCACCUACUGUGGGAAAGCUUUUAGAUAUCCCAAAUACCUUCGAUUACAUGAAAGGAUUCAUACUGGAGAGAAACCCUAUGAAUGUAAACAGUGUGGGAAAGCCUUUAGAUUUCCUGGUGCCUUGCCAUUACAUGAAAAAAUUCACACUGGAGAAAAGCCCUAUGAAUGUAAACAAUGUGGGAAAGCCUUUAGAUUUCCUGGUUCCUUGCCAUUACAUGAAAAAAUACACACUGGAGAAAAGCCUUAUAAAUGUAAACAAUGUGGGAAAGCCUUUAGGCGUCACUAUCAUCUUCAGUUACAUGAAAAAAUUCAUACUGGAGAGAAACCCUAUGAGUGUCAGCAAUGUGGGAAAGCCUUCAGGCGACAUAGUCAUCUUCAGAGACAUGAACGGACUCAUGCUCGAGAGAAACCCCGUGAGUGUAAAUAACGUGCUCAAGCCUUUACACUUCUUAGUUCUCUUCUGUUACAUGAAGACAUUCAUACUGGAGGAAAAAAAUGCUAUCAGUGUAAACAAUCUUGGAAACCUUGCAUUACAUGAAAUCAGUCUUAUUAGAUUCAAACCCUAUGAAGUAGACAUUUAGAUGUGCUUGUCAUCUUCAGUUUCAUAAAAAAAUUAUACUGGAGAAAGCUGUAUGAGCGUAGACACUGUGGUGGAGCUCUUAGGUAUUACAUUUGACAAUGACAACUCCUGCUGGAAGGACAUUUUCUGAAGGCCACACAUCACAGUGCUGUUUCCAAAGUAUUUAAAUCCUAACCUGGGGUUUCUACCCCACCUUUACUAUGUAAGUUCCCGGAUGAAAGUCACACACACCCUUUAUAUUUAUAAGCCUUGGAGAACACAAGAGCUGGGCAGCCACUACUGUCUAUUGUUGGAAUCUACUCUCCUAUCUAUAAGCCCAAGUUAUUGGGCUUGCCCUUACUGAUUACUGCUUACUGUGUUUCAUCUGGGCUGCUCUUAACUCUAAUUGGCCAGCCUUCAGGGCUACAUUCUCCUGACUCCUAAUCCAUGGUGGUUUCUCCUUCCUCCUGCACUCUUCUUUCUCCUCAUAGUCCCUCUCCAACCCUAAGCCCACAAAACUUAAACCCCACCUAUGUCUCUUUUGCCCAACUAUUAACUGUUAACAUCUUUAUUUACCAAUCAAAAAUAACUUGGAGACAAAGUCACUCUCUUAUCUCUGAGACAACCAAUCAUAAGGGCCCCAAAUUAACAUUAAAAUACAAACAACAUUAGGCCAACCUACUACAGCCUUCUUUGGUUAUGAUAUAACUCAUGUGAGAAAAACUUUAUAAAUAUUAUAUA